AUGCUUGAUGGAGUCCGGGUGCUGACGCCGGCACUGAUGCUCCUGGCGGCCGGGAAAGCUCAGGGGUGCUCUCCUGGGGGAUACCAGUUUCUUCAGAGCCCUUAUAGAAGUGUCAAUUUUGACUCCCUGGGCCUCCAGCAGUUAGCCAUUCAAGGCCUGAUAUGUGACCACUCCCUUUCUCCCUGAUGGUACCGAUUUCUCCUCUUUGACAGACCUGCUAAGAUGCCAACCAAAUGUGUCGAGAUGAACCACUGCGCAACACUGGCCCCCAUCUGCCUGUCUCUGAACGAUUCAGAAACACUACCUCCACCUGGGGAGAUCAAGCAAUUGACAGCUUGUGCCACAUGGCAGUUUUUGUUCAGCACUACAAAAGACUUCUGUCUUUUUCAAAUCCCAGUGUCCAUAAGAAACUGUGGAAAGUUUUUUGUGUACUUACUACAACCCACUCAGGGAUGUAUGGGAUAUUGUGCAGAAGGGUUCUUUGCCAAGAUGUUCAAAUCCUCAAAACUAUCUGUUAAUGUGAAAGUAUCAACAGUUAAUAUCAGCAGUGAUAAUGUAUACCCCAAAAUUGAUCAAACUUUUAAUAAUUGUGUUGCUUUUAUUAAUGAAUGGAGGAUUUUACCAGGAAAAAGCAUGUUUGACACAAUGCCAGUUUCUCUGCCAUCACCUAGAAAACAAUCCUAUUGUAGCUGCUCAAUGGACACUACUUCAUUGUAUCCAUCCUCUAAUCAUCUGGAAAGUGUUUCUUAAUCAGAGAUUGUUUCAGCUUGCAAAGACCCCAAACAUGACAAAUUCGCUUCCUUGAUAGAGCUAGAUGUCACCUCUGAAUAUAUUAAUUCAGAAGCUCCUGUCAGAGGAAUAAACAAGCAUACAUCUCGAGAAAAAAAUAAUUUGGAUUUCUUUCCUCAAGAAAAAAAGCAUGUGAAUCUAACCAGUCUGGACUUAAAUUUACAAAAACAUCCUGGGAAUGAAAAACAAGAUGCGUCAAAAACUUUGGACAAGGGGAGACGUACACAGGACCAGGGUAAUCACAGCCAAGAAAUAAGGUGGGAUCGACAAAACAGAUGGAAACAGCAAAACUUCAGUGAGUUUCUUCCUUUGUUUGCUUUUCAAAGUCUCAGCCAAAGUGACCUAGAAGAGUUUACUUACUUUUUCCCUGAGGACCAUACUGAGGAUGUCCACCAAGAGUUUGUCCCCACGUGGCCCACACCAUCUGGCCACACCGAAUACAGCACAUCGGCACUAUGUCAGCACACUCUUGCCAACUCCAGCAUAGGAAUGCACUGUCUUGCCUUUCUUGGCAAGAGACUAGACAGUGUGAUAGAGAUGUGUUUUAAGGAUGUUCUCCUAAAAGAUGAUCUUAGCUGGGCAGAAGCAGGUGUGGCCCUUUUAGAAAAUGAAUGUGAAAAGAGGAUUUUGGAAGAGGGGAAAUAUAACAGAGAAGAAUACAUCAAGUCAAUUAAAGACAUUCUCUUGUCAUUAAAAUGCCCCAAUUUAUGCAGUGGCCAUGGGCAGUGUAUGGAAUAGGGGUGUGCAUGCUCCCCAGGCUUUAGUUCCUAUGAUUGCAGUGAUUCACACGACAAGGUUCCUGAAAUUAUAGAACUUGAGAAUGCUGGAUUGUGUAAUAUUCAAAAAUAUAACUGUAUCAUGGUGAGAGUUUUUGGUCAAGGCUUCAAAGAAUCACCUUCAAUUAAAUGUGAAGUUACUAAACUGAAGUUAUAUACUUAUUUGGAAGUGGACCUGUCUAGCACGGGAGAUACAGAUUUGAAGAGCACACUGCAGGAUGUUGAAACACAGUUUUUAAAUAAAUUUACUACACAUACUGUGGUUCUCACAAGGUCUGACAACAGUGUAACUAAGGAAGAGGAUGGUAAAAAUGCCCAUCAGGGGGAGAGGAAUGUUAAGCCAACAAAUGGAAAUGCCUCUACCAUUUGUAGGCAUCCAUGUGGAAAAAACAGGGAGUGUGUUGCCCCAAACAUGUGCGAACGUAAACCUGGUUACGCUGGUUCUAACUGCCAAACAGCUAUAUGUCAUCCUGAUUGCAGAAACCAUGGAAAAUGUAUUAAGCCUAACAUUUGUGAAUGCCCCCCAGGACAUGGUGGAGCUACCUGUGAUGAAGAGAGUCAAAGAGCAGUAGCUCACUCAUCCUUGAACUGUACACCACCUUGUCAACGUGGUGGCACCUGCUUGGCUGGAAAUCUCUGCACUUGUGCUUAUGGUUUUGUAGGACCAAGGUGUGAAACAACAGUUUGUAACAGGCACUGUGAAAAUGGAGGCAAGUGCCUUACACCAGAUGUUUGCCAGUGCAAGCCUGGCUGCUAUGGACCCACCUGUAGCACACUUUUGUGUGACCCGGUUUGCCUCAAUGGUGGUUCCUGUAAUAAGCCAAACACUUGCCUCUGUCCAAAUGGAUUCUUUGGUGCACAGUGUCAGAAUGAUUGCUGUCAUGUGUUCCUUUAGCUAUCUUGUCACCCUCCCUGUAAGAAUGGUGGUCACUGCAUGAGAAAUAAUGUGUGUGCCUGUCCUCAAGGAUACACUGGUAGGAGAUGCCAAAAAAGUAUCUGUGAUCCCAUAUGCAUUAAUGGAGGAAAGUGCGUGGGACCAAGUCUUUGCUGUUGUCCUUCUGGCUGGACAGGGAAACAAUGCAACACACCCAUCUGCUUUCAGAAAUGUAAAAAUGGUGGUGAGUGUAUUGCUCCUAUCAUAUGCCAUUGUCCUACGACAUGGGAAGGAGCACAGCGUCAAAUACCAAUCUGCUAUCAAAAGUGUCUUUAUGGAGGCAGAUGCGUACUCCCCAACAUAUGUUCUUGCUGCACUGGAUAUACUGGAGUCAAAUGUGAAAAGAAAAUACAGAUGAAAUUAGCAGAGUUUUGCCUGCAGAUGGUGCUAGAUCCUCAGUUCCCAGGUAACACGCAAGAAGUGCAAAACGACCAUUUAGAGAAUGGUUUACAGUCCCAUGAGAGUUAUCAUAAGAUUAAAACUAAUUGCUCAGAAUUUUCAUCUGAGACCAAACUGGACAGUCCGGUUUCAUUUGCUCACAGGGGUCCGCAUGCAGAGUCCACACACCGAGCACUUCUGACCGGAGUUCCCAGGGUCGAACGCCUGCGCCUGACACCUCAGCUUGGCUGGCUGUGCGCAGAAGGGCCGCGCGCGACCCCACAGUUCAAGAUGGCGGUGGUGGGCUGUGCGCAGACGCGCUGCACCGGCACUGCCGGCUGGAGCCCUGAGCAGUACGCUUGCGCCAACCCGCAAGAACUCCGCCCUCUCACCCGCUGA